AUGAGUCUGACGAACCCGCCUUCAUCUGAUCCCUUAACUGCAACCUCCAGGCCCGCAGCGGCCGCCGUCAGCCAGAAUCUGUCUCUAAAAAGGAGUCUGCAGCAGACUGCUGUCGAGGAAAACAUCAAUUCCAGGAGACAACCUGGGAUUGGAUAUACCAGCAAGGUUCGCGUACGGGACAGGUACCACAUUGUCGGUUUCAUCAGCAGUGGCACCUAUGGCCGAGUGUACAAAGCCCUUGGUAAAAAUGGCCAGAAAGGCGAAUUCGCCAUUAAAAAGUUCAAGCCAGACAAGGAAGGCGAAAUAAUCCAGUAUACAGGGCUUUCGCAGUCUGCAAUCCGCGAGAUGGCCCUGUGUUCCGAACUCGAUCAUGCUAACGUAGUUCAAUUGGCCGAGAUCAUUUUGGAAGACAAAUGCAUCUUCAUGGUUUUCGAGUAUACUGAGCAUGACUUGCUCCAGAUUAUUCAUCACCAUACCCAACCGCAAAGGCACCCAAUUCCAGCGGCCAUGGUGAGAUCGAUUCUUUUUCAGCUACUCAACGGGUUACUAUAUCUCCAUACGAAUUGGGUUCUACACCGAGAUUUGAAACCAGCAAACAUCCUUGUAACAUCUGGCGGUGCUAUUCGCAUCGGGGAUUUAGGGCUCGCGCGACUGUUCUACAAGCCUCUAAAUUCGCUAUUCUCUGGUGAUAAGGUCGUCGUUACCAUCUGGUACCGUGCCCCAGAGCUUCUCAUGGGCAGCCGACACUAUACCCCUGCCGUGGAUCUAUGGGCCGUCGGAUGCAUAUUUGCUGAAUUGCUCUCCCUCCGCCCGAUAUUUAAAGGAGAGGAAGCCAAGAUGGACAGCAAGAAGACGGUUCCGUUCCAGCGCAACCAAAUGAUGAAAAUCAUUGAUAUCAUGGGCAUACCACACAAAGAUAACUGGCCGGGAAUUGUAUCAAUGCCUGAAUACUCCCAGCUCCAGUCUCUGACCAUGUCUCGCGCUCCGAACCAUAUCAGCAGGACCUCGAAUCUGCAAAGCUGGUAUCAGAACUGCUUGAAGAAUGGUGGUUAUUCUGCCGCGUCUAGUGUCGGCACACCCGGUGAUGACGGCUUUGAUCUACUUUCGCGGUUACUCGACUAUGACCCAACCAGACGAAUCACAGCAGCUGAAGCCCUGGAGCAUCCUUAUUUUACAAAUGGAGGCCCAAUCCCGGCGAACUGUUUCGAAGGAUCUGAAGGCAAAUAUCCCCACCGACGUGUUACCCAGGACGACAACGAUAUUAGGACCGGAAGCCUUCCGGGAACCAAGCGGAGUGGUUUACCAGAUGAUAGCCUGAUGGGCCGGGCUUCGAAGCGGUUAAAGGAAUAA